AUGCGCUCUCGCCUUUCAUUUCAAAAAGAUUCUUUCGGGGAGGACCAAAACCUUUCCUUGUGCUCAACCUCAUCAACGGGAGAAGAAUCAUCAAGCCAAUACUCGCCACUUUCCAAAAGCCUAUCAAUUGCUCCACUAAGCCCCCCGUCGAGUCCAAUGAAGGUCAAAACUAUCAAUACAUGGUGCAAAACAUGGUGCGCGCUGCCCUUGAUUCUACUACUGGACUUGUUUUGUUCCUUGGUCUUUCUGAAAUAUGAAAUGGUGUUGGAUCCUGGAUUUGCAGCCAAAAUAGCGAAUGCUGAAGGAAAGCUCCACCAUGUGGACAAAAUCAAUAUCGUUGCAGGCAAGACACUAGAAGAAGAAGUACAAAAUGUCAUGAUUGGUACCGAAAUGGCAUUUAACAUUUCUCAGAACUUGCUUCCUCAGGCCGUGGUGAUGCUGGAUCCAACUCCUAAAGCAAUGCAAUCCAAUCUACGAGCCAACUCCAAUGAUGUACAGCAAGCGCUGAAUCACCAUAAGUAUCUUAUCCCUGAUUCGGAAUGGUAUGUGGAUCUGGGAGCGGUGGAUGCUGCUCUAGAAAGUGGAGACGGGUGCAUUGUCUACAGCUUUGGUAUUGGCAAGGAGGAUCUGUACACCAGUUUCAUGGCGGAGAAAGGGUGCCAUGUGUACGCCUUUGACCCAACCCAAACUCAUCCUCGCUAUUGGAAGCCGAAUGUCGAGUUCUUUAGUUGGGGAAUCCGGAACAGCGAGGGCACUACCAAUGUCGGUUGGUCUCAUCCAAAGUACGGGCAUUUGGUUGGCAGUUUAUUUUCCUUGCCAGAGAUUGUAGAAAAGCUGGGUCAUCAGAAUAUGGCCAUUGCGGCUCUCAAGUUUGACUGUGAAGGCUGUGAAUAUGGAGCCUUUCAAGACAUUGUAGAUUAUGAACAAGCAUCCGAUCAGCGAUUCAACCGAAUAGGUUCCUUGACCACUGAGUUUCACUUUGCAACAACCUUGGGCAUGGAAAGUCUGCAGGACGUGGCAAACAUCAAGUACGCUGAUGCGUUUUUGCGGUCCCAAGACUGUCGUGUCAUUCAUUACAAACCCAACAAAGGAUUCAAAAAGGAUCGCACAGUUCAUGCACACUUGGUCAAGAAUGGAGUUCCAGAUGGUGUCUGUUGUUAUGAAUAUGGAUUCUCUUGCAAUUGA